AUGGCUGCGAUAACUGCUGUGUGUGAUUUGAAACCAUUCAAAUCAAUGUGGAAGAUCCGGGUUAAGAUCAUACGUUUGUGGAAACAGUAUUCUGCUGCUGGUGGCCUAACGAUUGAGAUGGUUUUAAUCGAUUCUAAUGGUGUUAAGAUUAAUGCGUCCGUUAAAAAGGAUCUGGUGAAUCAGUUUGAUUCAUUUCUUUCAGAAGGCAGUUCCAAGAUUUUUAUCAGCUUUACUGUCAUCCCCUCAGGUGGUUCAUACCAAACAACUAUUCAUCCCUACAAAAUUGGAUUCCUUUCCACCACCCGUGUGAGGUUUUGUGAUGAUUUGCCCAUUGAGUUAACUGGUUUUGAACAAGUCAACUACAAGGACAUUCUCGAUGGGACACUCAAUACCGAUUAUUUGGUUGAUGUAAUGGGUCAUAUUGUGGAGGUUACCCCACUUGAAGUUGUAUCAGCUAAUGGGAAGGAGACUAAGAAAAUCUCGGUUGAACUUCGUAAUGAAAAGGAUGAACGUUUGCCAAUGGUUUUAUGGAGUAACUUAGCUACUGAUAUCAGUGAGGCUAUUCAAAGAAGCAGUGAAAAUGUUAUUGUUGUUGUGUUACGCUUUGAAGAGCGUAGUGUGUCCAAUGCUUAUAACGUUUCAGAUGUGGAAAUUAAUCCUUUUGGUCCUGAGGUGGAGGCUUUUAUGUCAUUGUUGCCGAGGGAUGAACUUGCAUUGUCAAUUGUCCAACCCAAGCCGCUUUUGCUGACUAAUGGUACUGGUGAUAAAAAUGAUUAUUUUGUCAACACUCCUAGGAAAACCAUCCAACAGUUGAUUGAGUCAAACCAGGUUGAGCAGUGUAUUGUGAUGUGCACAAUAGCAGCUAUUGAUUCCGAUAUGGGUUGGUAUUACUUGAGUUGCAAAGUAUGUUCAAAGAAGGUGUUACAUGUUCCUAACGAAAUCACAGAGGAUGGAGAAGAUGACGAUGAACUGGGAUUUCACUAUUAUUGCGUCAAAUGCAAGGUGAAGAACCCGAAGUUGCUGCCAAGAUAA